AUGAUUAUUGCGUAGAAGCGUUGUGGAUCGGCUGCGUAACCGCGAGAACAUGAUAGCAGAAUUCUACAAAUCUGUCACCGUCUCCUUCUCCGACCUGGAUAACUUCGUCGACUGGAUGAGCAGCGUCCCGCCCGUGGCUGUCAUCGGCACCGUCACGGCGUUAUUCAGCGCAUUCGAUGGAGCCAUUCAGGAGUUUGACGUGUAUAAAGUGGAGACCGUGCGGGACAGUUACAUGGCCGUCAGCGGUAUCCCGGUUCGAUGCGACAACCAGCAUGCGGUGGAGAUUUGUCGGAUGGCCUUCACAUUGCUGCGGGUGUUUGCCGGUAGCGAGGCGGCGGUCAUGAGUACCGGGGCGCCAACAGAUGGUCGAACGGUAGUUGCGCAUCCUCAGGUUCGUCCGCACUCGUUGCUGGGACUGCGCUGCGGCAUCCACUCAGGACCCUGUGCUGCCGGAGUCAUCGGCAUGCGCGUUCCCCGUUACUGCCUGUAA